GGACUCUCAGAAGUAGGAAUAGUGCGAACAGGUUCUCUUCAUCUCAGUGGCACGUCCUCAGUUAAUUCUUCUUUAAGGCGGGCAAAGCGCAAAGCACCUUCACCUCCCAGAAAACUGCAAGGCCAAAGUGACCCCAGCAUUGAUACAGGAUCAGAAUCUGCAGAAUCAAUUCAUAUAGAAGGUAUUGGGAAAGGAAGAUAUUCAGAAGUACAAUCUCCAACAGGCAAUGUAGUUGAUCUAACCAGGACCACAGUGGCAGCAGGUACCUCAUGCAGCUUUGAUCCAACCAAUCAUGAUCAAAACAAUGUCCAGCAAGUCUCAGAUGAAGGUAGAGUUUUGGUUAACGCUGAUACUCCAGAUGAAUCUGAAGUGUCGCUUAAAUCUGACAUAGGCUCUGAAUAUAGCUUAGAGGAGAUAGAGGAGAAGGAAGAAGUGUAUGAUGAUUCCAUCAGUGCUCCUGAAGUUCCGCUAGAUGUUCAGAAGCAUGAACCUGCUUCUGAUCCAAGUUUUGGUAUUGGACACAAUGCGCCAGAGUCAAAUGAAGAAAAAACAGAAAAGAUGAGUGCAAGUGAUAAAGCCCAAGAUAGUGAAAUACUGAGUGAAAGAGUUAGCAUUUCCAAUGGCAUUGCACUUGGAACGUUGCAGUCAAAUACAAAUAAUGGUCACAGUGAACCAACAUUUCCUCUGCCUUCUACCAAACUCAGUAAGGUAGAAGUAAGAGAAAAUAACAAGCUUGAAACACUGGAUUUUGAAGCCUACGAACAUGAUAACUCUCUAAAUGGGGAAUACACUCUUCAAGAAUCUCUGAGUGUGCAUGAUCAAAAAUGUGAUCAGGUCAAUGUAGAUGUAAUAAAGACUCAGGAUGUUGCAAUUCAGACAACAUCUGAAGAUAAUUUUGGUCGGACUGCAUUAAGUGAAAAUAGCGAUAAUCAGGGUCACAGACUGACCACUCACAAAGAUUCAACUCAUGUACAGAAGCCAGAGCAGGAAAGUCAUCCCUCAGGAACCCUGAAUAGGCUGAAUAAGACUGUAGGACAAGCAGCCCAAAACAGUGUGAAUCCGAAUGGCACCAAUGAUAAUGCAUUUGUAAAUGAUAACCAAGUUCUACCAGAGACAGUUGUCAGAAGCCCAGUUAGUUCUCCUACAAAAAUGUACCCACUUUACCGACAAGAUUCAAAGCCUAAACCUAAGCCUUCCAAUGAAAUUACUAGAGACUACAUACCCAAAGUUGGAAUGACUACUUACAAAAUAGUACCUCCCAAAUUUUUGGAAACAGUGAAGAGUUGGGAAUUAGAUACUAUAGAAAGCCAAGAAGCAGCCAUUUCUCCCAAGAAUGAAUAUUCCCAAGAAUUUGGUACACAAACAGAAACUGCUAAUAUCUCAAAAAGGCUGAAUCAUACAGCACCUGAUUUUAAAAAUGAAGUUACAUUACAUGGGGUAGAGAAUGAGCCACUGGCUACAACAUAUACUGUGGUUGAUCAUAGCCCACUUUCCUUCUCUAAUGCUAAAGGCCAGAAAAUGGAGCUAGAACAUACCACGCCUAAUCAAGACCAUCUAAUUCCUCCUUUAAUUCUAAAUCCAGGAAACAAAAGUUCUCCGCCUAAAGUGAAAGAAAAACCAAGAAUCUUAAGUUCUCCAGUAAGGCCAAGCAAUUUUUAUUUGCAGAUACAGAGGAGGACCUCAGAUCAUUAUGUAACUUCAGCAAUUGCAAGAAGUGGUUCUCUGAGCAGCCCCACUCAGAAUGAAGCUAAGACUAUAGAGACAGAGAAAAAGCUGGCAUCGCCAGAUCAAGCUUGUUUUCCGUUUCCUGGAACAAUUACUGUUCCUUCUCAAUUAGCAGAGGAAACUACUGAAAAUGGAUGUAAAGAAGAAGAAAGAAAAGUCAUCACUUCUCCUGUAAAAGUGCCUCAACCGCCAAAUUCUCCUGUAAAAGCGUCUCACCCGCUGAUUUCUCCUUCAUCCCAGUCUUCUCCAUUAAAUUUGAAAACUCUGAGGACUUUUGUUUUGCCACAACCAUAUUCCUGUCCUAAACCUUCACCUUUUGCUCUUGCUGUAUCAUCAGCAGUUAAAAGAUCACAGUCAUUCAGUAAAACAUGCUCCAGUACAACCAGACCAUUAAAAGAACAAUCUUCUCUUGACCUUAGCUCAUCGGUAUCCAACACUGAGAUAAAGGAUCCUUCGCCUGUACUGAGUCCAACAACUCAGAUACAGCAGAGUCUGACAGACAAGCAGAAGAAUAACGAUGCAAGCUAUGAGCAAAACAGGCAGGCAGCCCCUUUAUUCAACCAUCCAGCCACCGCUAUCUGUGAGAGAGGCAUUGCUGCAGCCAUCCAACGCCCUGACCCAGAACAGAUUCACCAGAGCUUGCUGGCUGCAAUCCGCUCUGGAGAGGCUGCUGCCAAAUUGAGACGGGUUGCACCUCCAUCAAACACCGUUGCCAUCAAUGGAAGAUCCAGUCUCAGUUCCUCGGUGUCCAUCGAAACAAGAUACAGUAGUCAUUAAGACUUUGUACCAUAUAUUUUGCACUUUAAUCACCAUUGCGUAGACCUACUGCAUAAGCCCACUUCACAGUUAACUGCAUAUUACUGAAGACUGUGUGUAAAUGCAGGAUUGUGUGGGUAUAUAUUGUCAAGAAACUUAUUGGAUGCCUCAAGAAUUCUUAAAAUAUAUAAUUUAUGGCUUUUUUUGCCCUUUCUCUUUAAAACUAAAAAUGCUGCUUCAGAACAUAUUCCAUGGCACAGAAGAGUUGCAGGUUUUUGCUGCUGUGAUAAUCAGAUAUGUUAAUUUCCACUUCAUCCAUAAUAAAUGAUGUUAGCAAUAUGCUGUAUAAUGCUAAGAUUCAUCUUAAUUUUUGUAACUGCUUAAUAAUUAUGUUCAGAAAUAUUUGAAUUUAAAUGUAGUUCUUAUCACCUGUUGCCUUGAAUGUUAAAUUUGCAAUUAAUUACUGCACUUAGCUAAAUAUUAUCGAGAAACUCUGUUGGGCAGAUUUUCUAGUCAAACAAAAAUGUAGAUGAGAUACACUUCUAAAUCAGUUUGAUUGUUUAUUGUUCUCACUUAAAUCAGUAGGACUUAAAGGUGCAUAACUUUGGCUGGAUCAUGCCUAUUUAGGUUGAUUGGUUAUCAUGUCUGUUUCUAGUACAAAGUGAAAAAUAAUAAAACAGAAAUUCCCUGGCACCUACCUUUUAACAAUAUAUGUGGAUUUCCUUAUUUAAACCGUUUUUAGGCACAAUGCUACAGAAUGCUUAUAUCUGUGAUGUGUUGCAACAUUAUUACCAGUUAUGCUGAAAAAUAGUAACUUGUGAAUACUUCUGGAGUGUACUCCUCCUGAUGCUGCUGAUGAUUUAGUCCCUGAAACCUCAGCUACUAUGGCCAAAGAGGACGGAUACUAAGAAUUGGGCAGUGCAGGAACAUCUGGAGGGCCACAGGCUUCCCAUCCUGCUCUAGAGGGAUACCAAAGGGCAGGUUCAUGCAGCCUGAACUGCACGUCUCAAAAAUAACUCUGUGAUUCAAUGUUCCUAUCCUCAUUCAGAGUCCUGCAUGGAUUUGACUUUCUAGUACUAAGCUUCAGUAACUUCCACCCACAUCUUUUUGUAAGCUUAAUAGCUAAGCGCAUGUUGGACAAGGAUUUAUUGGCAAAGACAGAGUCAAAGGACUUACAGCUCAAAUAUUUGGAAAUCCGCAUGAGCUGACAGGAAGCAUUCACAAUCCAGCUCUGGGCUGUACUGAAGAUUCUGGAUACUUAUUUGGCAGUGGAUAUAAAUUUUCAGUAAAGACACUGAGCUGUGGAUCAGGUAUAGCUUGAGGCGUUCUCAAGGGAAAGUCGCAGUGGCAAAGAACAGCCAUAAUGCAUUUGAAAAUAGAUGAAGAAACUGUAGUUGAGUGCAGAGUUUUGUGCAGAGUUUUUUCUUCAAUGUUCAUAAAAGCAUGCUAUUUUUUAUGUCAGUUAAUUUUUAAAAUAUUUCUUUGAUAUUCAGGAAAUUCAACAUAGUGGAAGGGGGGAAUUUGCUCUUAAAGAAAGAGGUGGUGGUGAUGAUUUCUCUGGUUCAGAGUUGUUCUAGAAACAUUUUAGCAACACAGUGUCAGUGAACUAGUUUUAUGAGUGUGUAUUUCCACCGUUGUAGAAUUUAAGAAUCACCCGUGGAACAGACGUGUUAUCUUCAGCAGAAAACCAGAUCCUCAGUAACAGAUGUUUUGCUUUGUCUAUGUCUGUCCAUCUUUUCCUGCCAGUCUUGACAAAUGAAUGUUGCAUUUCUACGUUGAAAAUCUGUUUGUGACUCUAGUUCUGAUCAAGCAAGAAAUUGUAGAUAUACAUUGCAAAUAAAGAAAUAUUUUCAAUUUCUUAAAUAAUUCAUGGUGUUUUCAAAUAAAAGCAAUGAUACUUA